AUGUCGUCGAACAUCAACUUCAAUGAGGCAAUUGCGGACUUGACUGCAAUGCAAGAGCAUCUGCAGAUCUCAAGCCUGCCCGUUGAAGCCACAGAAAUCAAGGGCGACAAUGAGAUCAUGGAUGCCGAAGAUAUAUCCAUGGACGAGGAAGAGGGUCCAGGAAAGUACCUCGAGUUCUGGGACCUUUAUUCAGCACUCAACGUUACGAUGGCCAAUACCAUCGAUGCCCAAAUGGAUACGUACAAGCACAGUGUAAAGAAGGCCAAAGAGCUCUAUUCGACGAGAAAGACACCGGAGACACCGGAUGAAGCAGCAGCUGAUAGCGCGGCUGCACUGAAGUUGUUCGACGAGUCUCGCUUUCAACAGCACUAUAAUCGCAUAGAUAUCUCGUUACAGGCGCUGGAGGACCUCGACGUCGCCGUAUAUCAUCUCGAACUCAGUGAAAAGUCGGGCAAUGGGGUUCCAAGGAUGCUAUCGCAGCUGUGCGACAGACUCGAGUAUUUCUUUGGCUGCAAAGCAAGGGUUCUUAGGUCAUGGGAUAAGCUCGAAGCUAUCAUCACAGAAGAAUUGAAGUUCUGGGAGGGGAGACAGUGA